AUAAAAAUGGUGGGGAAAAUUUAUUCGACGUCGGCGCUUUAACAAAUCGAAUUCCCAUGAGUGCACUUACUGGUGCAAUAGUUAUGAGAAGCAUUUCGCUUUUCUUCACGUGUGGACGAAAGACUCUAAUACAUUUAAAAAAGCCAACAAGUGAUUUAGUUAAAAAAAAAAAAUAUAGAUACAUUACUGAGGGUGUCAGUAUGAAAGCCCAACAUGCUAAAAUGAUUGAAUUAUUGAAGAAAAAAACGAAAUUUUCAAAAUUUGAAUUAGAAACACUUUGUAAAAUUUAUAAAAAAUUAACUUCUAUUCCCGGCCAAAAAACUGGAAUAACUGUAUUAGCUAGAGGUGCACCACAAAUUGUUCAAACUAUUGAGGGUAUUGAUAGAACGAUUUUUCGUGAAUUACUUCAUAAUACAUUUGAUAUCAUUACUGAGGAUACUUUGAUAGAACGAAUGUUUUGUUGUUGGGAUCGUGAAUGUGAAGGUGCUAUCAGAUUGGAAUCAUGGAUAAUAGGAUUAGAUGUUUUUCUCAAAGGAAAUUUAAAAGAAAAAAUGGAAUUUUGUUUCAAAGUUUAUGACUUGAAUGGUGAUGGAUUUAUAACUAAAGAUGAAAUGUUUCAAUUGUUUAAAAAUUGUUUAAUAAAACAACCUGGUGAAGAAGAUCCUGAUGAAGGAGUUAGAGAUUUAUCUGAACUUGUUUUAAAAAGAUUAGAUGUUGAUCAUGAUGGAAAGAUUUCUUUUCAAGAUUACCAAACUGUAAUCAAAGAAGAACCAUUAUUAUUAGAAGCUUUUGGACAAUGUCUACCAACAUGGGAAAAUUGUUCAGCAUUUCUAACAACAUUACAACCGUAAAAAAUUUAUCUUAUUCUACUCUUGAAUUUAUCAUCACAGUAUUCAUUCUCUCUAUACUAUUAUAAGAAGAAGAAGAAAAAAAAAACAAUUAAA